AAUGUAACAACUAUUGCACCUGUCAAUCCAACCAUUCCAACCCAAGGUCCUCCCACUGCACCUAAAGAAGCACCAAAUCCCUGUCCGCAAAACUAUGAACAGGUCGUGGUGAACGGGGCAAGAAAGUGCAUGAGGUUCUCUGCUAAAGGUGGCCGAAAAUCCUACCAGGCUGCCGGUCAGACCUGCCGAGAUGAAGGCGCCCGUCUGGUGGUCAUCAAAUCCGCUGAACUGGAUACUUUCAUCGACAACCGCAUCAAAACCACCUACGCGGCCGAGACGUGGAUCGGGCUGGAUGAUCUGACUGCUCCUGCUUCGCAGUACCGUUGGAGUGACGGAAGCGUGUUGGGCUCAGGUGACUUUAACGACUGGUCUCCCGGACAGCCGGACACAAUUUACCGGGAGAAAUGUGUGGAGAUCCGCCCGCAGUUUAGCUACCAUUGGAACAACCAUCACUGCAAUCUACCCAAGAACUACAUUUGCGAGAUACAACUGCCACCGACACCUCCAGCAGAUAUUUCAGCUUCUACCACGUGCACCAAUGAGUACAUGGAACUGUCUAUUCCUGAGGAUCAACUGACUGACAUCGACCUGAACAACCUACACUGGGAGCCUGACCGGAACUGUGGCGCCACGACUAACGGCACUCACUACAUUUUCCGUACUCAACUGUACGGCUGUGGUACACAGGUGAAGUUCGGCCCGAGGUACGUCGAAUUCGUGAACACCAUCAACAUCCUGGGCAUCCACUUCAACACUGGCGUCAUCACCCGCGAUAGCGACAUCUCCAUCACCUCCAAGUGCAACUACGAGCGUCAGGAGUGGGUAGACUCCACCUUCCUGCCGAUCCCGGGCGGCCUGAACUUCACGGAGGAGGGGUUCGGGCAGCUGGAGGUCCGGCUCUCCAUGUUCCCCACUCGGCAGUACCUGAGGCAGUACCGGGCGGACCAGUACCCCAUCCACCUCAGGCUGCGCCAGCACGUCUACAUGCAGCUGGAGGUACAGGGGCACGGGCAGAAACUGUCCGUACUGGCGCUGAACUGUAAGGCCACCAUGUCACCUUCACCUAACGACAGUCUGCAGUAUCAACUCAUCAGAGACGGUUGUGCCUCUGACCCCACACUGAAGACCUACGACGUUGACGACCCCGGCAAGGAGCGGUUCGGUUUCGAGGCGUUCCGCUUCAUCCGGGAGGUGAGGACGGUGUACGUGCACUGUGAGGUGAUGGUCUGUGACGCCGCUGACUCUGGAUCCCGCUGCGCACAGGGUUGCGUCAAGAGGGGCAAAAGGGCUGCUGGACAUGCUGACAUAAGGGGACGUCACAUGAUCUACCAGGGACCAAUCAUUCUGGAUGAUGACAAAGAAGACGCUCUGCACAUGGAGAAUGGCCGUCAGACUACCGGCCCUGGUCCCCGCAGUGGACUCUGGACCACCAUGGCUGCCGGAGGAGUCCUGAUGGCGCUCGCCCUCCUGGUGAUCGGCGCGGCCACGAUCCUGAAGCGGUCCCGCCGUGACAAGUGGACCUACCAGGGUCUGCCUAACAUGGAAGAGGACGGGGAGUAGAGAAAAUUGGUGUGAAGUUUUGUGUAACACCCAGUAACGUCAUGAUGAAAACAUACCUAUGGCUUGUGCCUCACAGCCUUUAUUUUUAGAUCCAGUCGCCAGUUUUAUUAUAACGGUUUGUUUGUUUCUUUGUUUGAUUGUUUGUUUGUUUUAUUUAUCCAGGAAAUGCAUAUCGCUUGAUGGCGUUUUUCAAUGGUUCCUUGGGGAAAACCCCUAACAAAAUCUAUUAACAAAAUCAAGAUUAACGUAGGUUUCAAAAAAAGUUACACAGAUUAAAAAUUGAUACAGAAUCAAAGAAACUUAAAUAACAUACAUGAUACAUAAGAUCAUACUACCAAAAUAAGAGAAACAAUAUUGUAACCUUAACAUCAUAUAAUGUACAAUGAAGAUAGAACAUACAAUGAAAUCAGGAUUGAAUUUGCAUAUCAAUGAUUGUUAAUUGCAUACAUUUGUUUUAAGGCUGUUAGGGUUAUGGUUGUUUUUUGAUGAUGUGGUAGUUUGUUGCACAGU